AGUCAUCAUUGUCAGAUUUUUUGGUUGUGCUUUAUCAUUGAUGAGAAAUAUUUAUCUUUCCAAAAUAAAAAAGCCCAGAGCGAGGUGAAAAGCCGGAAAAACGGAAUUUUUGCUUGUUACGAUUUCUUUAUUAUUUGAGACUGUUUAGGUUUAUUUAAAGUGUUCCUGACAAAAUGAAGGUUACCCUGAAAAAUUUACAGCAACAAAGUUUUGUUGUGGAGAUAGAGGCCAGCCAAACUGUCAAGCAGCUGAAGCAGAAGAUCGAGUCUGAAAAGGGGACCGACUAUCCGUCCGAGAACCAAAGACUUAUUUACGCAGGCAAAAUCCUCACAGAUGAAACUGCGUUAUCAGAAUACAAUAUUGAUGAAAAGAAAUUUGUUGUUGUUAUGGUCACUAAACCAAAAGUUGCGGAAAAAACCGAGUCUGGAGAUUCGGGCAACAGCAAAACAAGCACACCUGCUCCAGCCCCAACUCCAGCAGCAGCAACUAAAACCCCAUCCCCUACAACUCCUUCUACUCCAACUCCAAUUGCCGCAGUUCCAACUCCAGCUGCUCAGCCAACAGUCACCGACACACAAUCUGAUGUAUCCAUAAGCAGUGCCGCAGAAUCCACCCUGUUAAUGGGCGAAGAAUAUGAAAAUAUGGUUAAGAAUAUUAUGGAUAUGGGUUAUGCCAGAGAUCAAGUCGAAUCAGCGCUUAGGGCUAGUUUCAAUAAUCCGGAUAGGGCUGUGGAGUAUUUGAUCACUGGAAUACCACAGAUAUAUGAGUCGGAGGUAAGUGAAUCUACCGACAUGUCUGGCGUAGACCAGAGCCAAUCUGACGCGGAAGACCCAUUAGCCUUCCUAAGGACUCAGCCCCAAUUCCAACAGAUGCGACAAGUAAUCCAGCAGAAUCCUCAGCUACUCAAUGCGGUGUUGCAACAAAUCGGCCAAACUAAUCCUGCAUUGUUGCAGUUAAUUUCGCAAAACCAAGAAUCGUUUGUUAGGAUGAUAAAUGAACCGGCGCCUGGGGCUACUCCUGCUGCAAAUCCUCCAAGUACCGGUGCUUCACCUGUAACAGGGGGAGCUCAACCUGCUCCGGGCAAUCCAGUGGGAAUUCCAAUUCAGGUGAACCAACAAGACAAGGACGCUAUUGACAGGUUGAAGGCAUUAGGAUUCCCCGAGCAUUUAGUUGUACAGGCCUACUUUGCGUGCGAGAAGAACGAAAAUUUAGCAGCCAACUUUUUGCUCUCACAAAAUUUCGACGAAUAAGAAAUUGGCUUUGUCUUCUCCAUUUCAAGUAACACAGUUUCUCACAUUGCCCCGUAUUUCUAAUGAUUUUUUGUUGUUUUAUUAUGCGUUUUUAGAAGCAAAUUGAACUAAUUAGAGUAAGAUUUUGAAAACUAAUAGGCAUUUGAUUAUAAAAAAAACUUACUCUAUUAUUUGAAACAAUGUGUAUGUAUAUAGGCUCCUUCUAUUAUAAUU